GAGCUGCUGCCGCGCGGUAGUCAGGGAGCAGUUGCGGGGUCCUGGUUGCAACUGAGGUGGGAGCGGGGCCCGGCGGGCUGUGCGGGACCGGGAGGGCUGUGCUGGCUCAGCCGGACCCGGGAAAGCGGGCCUGCGCGGCGGGAGGGCCUGUCUGCAAGGGCAGGAAUCAAACGUAAUCGCUCCCCGGGGAAGGGGGCCCGUCCUCGACUCCGGCUCUUCCGCUCUUUGCUUAACUUUGGGGUGUGGCGAGGGUUACCGACGGGACUUUCCUCCGGGUCUGGAUGUGAAGGAGAUUCGUAGCCACGAUGGGGUUCUUCUAGUCUUCCUCGUGGCUUUCGGGGUAACCCGACACAUGUCUGUAAUCCGGAUUAUCCGCGGUGACCCAGGGCCUCCUUUGCUGUCCGUCUAAGUUAAAGGCCUAUCCAAACUUCCUCUUCCUUUGCUGCCCCCUGCCAGCCAGAAGAGACCCCCACGGGGGAGGGGGUCGGGGCCGUCACGUUGCCGGUGAGGUGUAAAAGACUGUGUAAGACUUGUUAAAGUGAGUCUGUCGAAGAAAAGGAAGGAUUUUGUGGAUUGUUACAGGGUGAGUGUGGGUGAAUCAGCCUCAGAAUGUCAGGGAAACGCAAGCGUGUGGUACUGACCAUUAAGGAUAAACUUGAUAUAAUAAAGAAACUUGAAGACGGGGGUUCUUCCAAACAACUGGCAGUGAUUUAUGGCAUUGGUGAAACAACAGUUCGAGAUAUAAGAAAAAAUAAGGAAAAGAUUAUAACUUAUGCAAGCAGUUCUGAUUCCACGAGUCUUCUGGCCAAGAGGAAAUCGAUGAAGCCAUCCAUGUAUGAGGAACUAGACAAAGCAAUGCUGGAGUGGUUCAACCAGCAAAGAGCAAAAGGGAAUCCCAUAUCUGGACCAAUUUGUGCAAAAAGGGCAGAGUUUUUCUUUUAUGCUUUGGGAAUGGAUGGUGAUUUUAACCCCUCUGCUGGUUGGUUAACUCGUUUUAAGCAGCGGCACAGCAUCAGAGAGAUUAACAUUAGAAAUGAAAGAUUAAAUGGAGAUGAGACUGCGGUGGAAGAUUUUUGUAACAACUUUCGAGAUUUUAUUGAACGAGAGAAUUUGCAGCCUGAACAAAUCUACAAUGCAGAUGAAACUGGACUCUUUUGGAAGUGCCUACCUUCCAGGACUUCUGUAAUCAAAGGUAAAGGUGCCAUCUCAGGACAGAAAUCAAUUGAAGAAAGAGUCACCAUCAUGUGUUGUGCCAAUGCGACGGGUUUACACAAACUUAAACUUUGUGUUGUGGGGAAAGCAAAGAAGCCUCGCUCCUUCAAGUCGACUGAUACCUUAAAUCUGCCAGUCUCUUACUUCAGCCAAAAAGGUGCAUGGAUGGAUCUUUCCAUUUUCCGACAGUGGUUUGACAAGAUUUUUGUUCCACAAGUUCGAGAGUACUUAAGAUCCAAAGGAUUGCAGGAAAAGGCUGUGCUUUUGUUGGAUAAUUCACCAACACAUCCAAAUGAAAAUGUUUUGAGAUCAGACGAUGGCCAAAUAUUUGCUAAAUAUUUACCACCUAAUGUGGCGUCAUUGAUUCAGCCCUUAGAUCAGGGGGUCAUCUCAACAAUGAAGAGAAACUACCGUGCAGGCCUUCUCCAGAACAACUUGGAAGAAGGCAACGACCUGAAGUCGUUCUGGAAGAAGCUAACUCUGCUGGAUGCGCUUUAUGAAAUAGCAAUGGCAUGGAACUUAGUAAAACCAGUUAGCAUCAGCAGAGCGUGGAAGCAGAUUCUCCCUGUCAUAGAGGAGAAGGAAGGCUUGGACUUUGAUGAACAAGAUAUUUCUGUGGCUACUGUGGCCACCAUUUUACAACACACCAAAGGCUUGGAAAAUAUGACAACUGAGAACCUUGAAAAAUGGUUUGAAAUAGACAGUACUGAACCAGGCUAUGAAGUGUUAACUGACAGUGAAAUCAUCAGAAGAGCACAAGGCCAAACAGAAGAAUCUAGUGAAAAUGAGGAGGAGGAAAUAGAACUGAUCCCAGAGAAGCAUGUUAAUCAUACAGCUGCCCUCCAAUGGACUGAAAAUUUGUUGGAUUACCUAGAACAACAAGGUGAUAUGAUUCUACCUGAUAAACUGGUAAUACGUAAACUUCGAGCCACCAUCAGAAAUAAACAGAAGAUGACAAACUCAAGUCAGUAAUGGCAUUUCCAGGUUUAAUCAUUGUUUAGAUAAUUGUGUUUAUGACUUUAAAAUAUGGCAUAAUUUUCUUUGUACUCUGAAUUCUCACUGUCCUGUGAAAUACAGAUACAGAAAUGUACCAAGUGGUUUAAGGAUUAUGUGUUUUCAUCAUCUGUGUCUCAUCCCCUUGUGUAAAUAGUCAUAAAAUGAUUCUGUACAGAUAUAAGUUACAUGCACAUGUGUAUUCACUUUUGUAAGUCACCAGUUACCCUUCUGUAAUAAUGGCAUUCCCUAAAUUUUCUAACAGAAGUUAGAGGUAAGAGUGAACAGAUUGAGCACUUUCCCAAAAUCUUUUGCUUGAUUUGUGAAGGCUGCCACAGCUAAUUUUGUGCUAACCAUCUUAAAUGGUUGUCUAUUUUGUGUAUAUCGUAUAAGCUGACAGAAAGAACUAUGUUGUUAGAUUUCAGGAUGAUAUUUAAUAAUUUAAAAAAUGAAGUCUAGUAAUGAUGGGGAAACUUACCUAUGAAUUAUAAAAAUUGUUUAGGUUUCAUACAUCUGUUCUUUACUCUUGUAUGGGUAGCAAGAGGGGGACAUUAUUCUGGAAAUUAAGUAAAUGUAGGAAGUAAUUACUAAAUGAAAAAUUCACAUAACUCGUAUAUAAAAAUACUCUGAUCAUUUGUAGGAAACAGGAAUUUAGAAUGUGGGGAAAAUGGUUAUUUAUACAAAGGGAAUAAAUAGGCUUUAAACAAUUUGGUCUUUGUUUAUGAAUUGGGUACCAAUGUAGGCUUAUUAUUUAUUCAUUUAAUUAUAGUACAUAUUUUAUAAUGUUAUGUAUUAUAUGAGCUUCCACAUUGCUUAGAGGAACAACAUCACUGGAAUAUGAAAGUUAAUAAGCCAUUUUGUUUUUUGAACUGAGUGCUUGGAAAUGUAAUAUGUAAUUUGAAAACUUUUGUCAAACCUGGUUCAUUAAUAAUGAAGAAAGGGGUAAAGUUUUUAUUUUAUAUAAAUCAUAUUUGUAUCCUGUCUUCCAAAGAAAGCAUAAAUAACUGUGGAAAGUGUCAGACACUAAAGGGUGUUAUUGUUUAUUAUUUUGAUAAUUGUGAAAAGGGAUUAUUCUAAAAGUCAAGUCACAAUGUUAAUUUUUUUUCAGUAACUCAAGAGGUUUAUUUAAGACAUUAAAAGACUGAAUAUAUUAAUAUCAAUUUGUAAUUGAAAAGCAAAAUGUUUUCAUUUCAUGUAUUGACCCAAAGUUUCAAAAAAAUUUGGAAUUACUUUUAGUCAUUUUCAAAAAGUUUAUUUCAUGGAGAUACUUAACACUUUAUAGUGCCUUUCUUAGGAUUCUAAAACUUUAAAAAGGUUUUAGCAUUCCAUAAUUUCUGUUACGUUCAUGAAAUAUGUGUCUAGAAUUUUCAAAAGACUUGUGAUGAAAACAUUUAACAGUUGUAUUCAUUGCAUGAAUUGUCUCAGUGCACAGUGAGAAAACACAUCAGGAGUUAAUCAGGUAGUUACACAUUCUGCUAUAAGUUGUAUAUAAAAUAAUUUUUCUGAAGUAAAAAUAUGUACUAAAGAAGCUUUUCGAAAUUUGUGUCUGGAUCUGCCCACUGUUUUCAAAAUUCUUUUCAGUGAAAUUCAACUGUAUCAUUGCCACCUAGUGGUUAAAUUUACAUUACUGUGUGAUCUGAACUUUAGUAAAGGGUUCACUCUUU